GUGCGCGCGUCCGCGGAACCUUUAACCUGCGUUCAUUUGUUCCGAGGAGGAAGCAUUUCAGCGACGUACCGACACAAGAAGUUAAGAUUAAGCUAUCAGCGUGUAGCCUGUGCUAAAACCAUUCUCGUCAUUUUAAAGAAUGACUGAGACCUCGGAGAACACGCAGAGCUACGAGGAGCUGUUCGCCCACAGAUUUUCAUCGGAUGAUCGUGAAUAUCAGCAGUAUGUGAGCCGUCCGGCCGACCUCCCACCCAUAGUCGAGGACUGGAGGGGUCGAUCAGGAGGGAACCAGAGAGGCAGGGAUAACAGAUACCAGGACCGCCGUGGCCAUGGAUGGGGAAGAGGAGGAGGAGGAGGAGGAGGAGGAGGCCAUCGUGGGCAGCAGCAGUGGCAUGACAGAGACAGACACUGGGGUCAUGGAAGUGGAUAUCAAUCAGGGCCUCCAGGCUCCAACCAGGGAUACAACUCCUACCAUCAGAGACCACAUUAUGACCGCUACUGAUCCCUUCUUUACUCUCUCAGGUGUUUAUUUAUAGUAUUCACAGUCGCAUAGCAGUACAGUAAGUGGAAAUGUGCGACUGUUUGUUUUUGCCAUAAUGUCAUAAGGAAGGGCUGAGCAAUUUCUAAAUGUUACUAUUUUCUCUUUCAUUGUCAUUAUGAUGCAGUUUUACCACAUCCAGUAAAUAAACCUCACAGAGGAAAAUAGCUGUUCCUGUUUGAUGUCCACUUACCUUUAUUCUACCUGAACAAACUUUUUACCAUUUUUUUUUUCAUACUGCUCAGUCCUCUUUACAUUUUCUGGAAUUUCAAUUAUUAUGAUUAUAACAUUUUGAGUGAACACCCCAGUGCUGUUGUUUUGUGUUCAGAUGUUGUUUCACUGCAGUUUUCUAUGCUUUGAUAUCAGAUUGUUGUGAACUGUACAGUAAAGUGUUGUAAAAAUACGAUUAAUCUGAAUUUCCAGACAAAAUCUACUCGUAAUGCAGCUUUAUUUUUCUGCAUAAAAUGUUAUGCCAGAACAUGGACUUAGGCCCUAAACUGCUAUCAAUAAAUGUAUUUUCUUAAUCAGA